AUGUCAAUUGACAAUAUUGAUACAUUUUCAAAUGAAGAUUUGUGCAAUCUUACAGGUUUGAACAAAGAACAGUUCUUAGAUUUAUGCUCUAUUACUGAAGAACAUGUUAGAAAUACGCCAGUUAGAAGCAACAUUACUACACUGGGUAUAUUUCUGUUUAAACUUAAGUCUGGAUUGUCAAACAAAAUGCUUUCAACACUUUUUAAUGUAUCUAAAUCAAGCAUAAAAAGAGCAGUACAUACAAUCAGAAAAGUGCUUGUUUCUGAACUUGUUCCUAAAUAUCUUGGCUUCCAGCACAUAUCAAGGGAAGAAAUUAUAAAAAGCCAUACUCGUUCCCUAUCACAGUCACUACUUGCAAAAAAUGCCAGCCAAGCUAUAAUUGUAUUAGACGGAACAUACAUAUAUAUUAGAAAAAGUACAAACUUCAAAUUCCAAAGACGUUCUUAUAGUGUACAUAAAGGGCGGCCACUUGUUAAACCUUUGGUAAUAGUUAGCACUACUGGAUACUUUAUUUCUGUAUUAGGACCAUAUCUUGCAGAUUCUAAAAAUAGUGAUUCAGGAAUUUUAAACCAUGCAGUAAGAAAUAACAUAGAGGAAAUCAAAAAUUGGGCUCAGCCAAAUGAUAUAUUUGUUGUUGACCGUGGAUUUCGUGACUCCCUGCAAGUGCUUGAGGAGAUGGGAAUAAAAGCACAAAUGCCAAAGUUCAUGCCAAAGGGUGCCAAACAAUUAACAACCAUGGACGCUAACCACAGUCGGUUCGUAACAAAGGUCAGAUGGGUAGUUGAAGCAUCAAAUGCUCGAAUAAAGAGAUGGAAGUAUCUUGACCAUGUAUUGCCUACCAAUCAAGUUCCGUUCAUUGGUGAUUAUGUCCGCAUAAUUUGUGCCACAUGUAACAAAUACCUUUCACCUCUAAAUGCAACCAAAGAUUUGAUGGAUGACACACUUGUAGCAGAGAGAAUGAGAGAUAAAAUCCAGAAUGUUAACCAUUUACAAUCGUAUGUUCAAGAAAAUGAACUAUAUAAGCGAAAUAUUUCAAAAUGGCAAGCAGUGCAAGAAAUUGACAAUUUCCCCUCUAUAGAUGAUUUUACUCUUAGUCUUUUGACUCUUGGUACCUACCAAAUGAAACUUUGCCAAUCAUAUGCACAAGAGUACCUUGAUGGAGAUUGUGAUAUUUUGGUGUAUAAAGAAUCAAAAGACUUGUUGAGAGUAAGACUUCAAAGUCGACAUGUAUCUUCCAAGUCUUAUUUUGUUUGGAUUCAGUAUGAUUCAGACCAUGUCAAGGCUUGGUACUGCCAGUGCAAGGCUGGUGCACGGACAGUUGGAACAUGUUCACAUGUGGCUGUGGUGAUUUGGUAUCUAGGCACAUCUAGGCAGCAGUCUGACAGGUACGGAGUCCAAGACUGGACUCAAUACCUUGAUGAUGCUGCCGAGAUGCCGCAGCCAAUAGAUUCAUCCGACUCUGAAGACAGUAUUGUAGAGGAAUAAUAAGUAAAGGGAAUCAUAUCAGUAAUAUUGUCAGACUUAUUAUUUAUAUACAUAACAUUUGUAGAAGUGAUGUAUCCAAUGAUUGUUUCAUUUAAUUAAGUCUGCAAGUGAAAGGUAAUGAAGAUAAAAGGCACUGUUACUUAAUUACUCAUAAAUGAACAUGUAUGUUUUUGUUGCCAUUUUAUGAAUCAUUUUUGUGAUCUGCAUAUUUUCAUUUUUAAGACUGAUUCAUGUAAUCAUAGAUGUGCAGACUUCCCCUUUUUGUGUCGCCUUGAAAAGGCAACAUAUAGGGGUUACUUUUGUCGGCGGCGUCGUUGUCGUCGGUGUCGUUGUCGGUGUCGGCGUCCCCUAAAGCUUGUCCGGAGCAUAAGUCAGUCAUUAUAAGUUUGAUUGACUUCAAACUUGGUAUGCAUGCUUCUUAUAAUAACUCGAAGUGCAGUGCACAAGGACCGGUACUCUGCACUUCUUAUUUUUUGAGUUAUUGCCCUUUGUUAAUUUUCAUACUUUAUUUUUGUCGUGGCCAUUUCUCCUAAACUAUAUUGUUCACAAGGCGACACAUCCGACUCGCGGAGUUCUAGUUUAAGUGAUAAUGCCCAUAUAGUACAUUGUAUGUUACCCAGAAAUACCUGUAAGUUUCAAACAUAUUAAAAGAAUGAU